CUGAAUCACCUGCUCACCUUUUCUCUCACCCCAUGCACUUCCUCUUCCCUUCUUCCCCUCUUUCUCUCUCCCUCUACUACUAGUGUGUUUAGAGGCCUAAACCUUAAUCAGCCUCAGUGAUUUUAUUACAGUAAUCUGGGCUGGAAUUGGCUUAACUUCUCUCUCAGACACUGGCGGAUAGAAGGACAAGGACAACGGCAACAGGACAGCUGCAGGGAGGAGCUGAACAGGAAAAGGAGGACGUGGGAAGAAGUGAUACAGAAGAAGAGAGUUUGUGAUCCGAGGAGGAAGGAUGAGAGGACGGAGAAUUUCUGAUUAGAAUUUCAGAUCCAGCCAGCCUCCUGAGAACCAACUGAGACAAGAUACAGAAAAAAAGACAAAGGGACUGGACUCAAAGAAAGAACUGUCUUUUUCUUCAUCACUCAACAUGUCACAGCUCAAGUUUGGGCAUCAGUGUUGAUCAGAUGGUUUGCUUCUUUGCCGGAGAAUUGGAGGAUUGAAGGGCUGCCACCGGGGACUCUACACCCAAGAGAGGUGGGGGCAUCAUCAGGUAGGAGGCAGCAGAACGCGGGGGUCUGAGCAGAAAGCAAGAGAGGAGUAGGAGGAAGAGUUGUGCGUGUGUACCGUUGACUGUGUAGGCAGGCCGAGGGGCCAGCCAGGGCCCAGUCGGUGAUGGAUUUAACUCCUGCUGAGAGAGGAUAAUGGCAGCUUUGGGCCCACUCCCCUCCUCUCUCACCUGCAUUUGCCAUAGACAACCUGAGACGUGCUAGCCGCUGCUGCAACAACUCAGCAAAAGGAUGGUGUGAACAGCGUCACCCUUUCCCACCAAGCCGGGAGACCCCUGACACCCCAGUGAGGGGCCACGUUGUGUUGCUCACCUCUUUCCUCCCUGUUCCUCUUCAAACCAGCUGAAAACAAGGGGUUGCAUUGCUUGAUUUCUGUGGGAGUUGUCUCCCCCUCCCUCCCACUCUCUCCUUCUCCUCCACACCCCUUACUUCACCCACCUCCAAAUUUAGCUACAUGGAUUGCUUUUAGCACCAACCUGUCCGUCUUCUUUCUCCAAACGUUUUCUUUUUCUUUUCUUUUUCUUUUUGUCGAGGCUUCAGGGGAAUUGCCAAGACCUGUUUCAUGCAUGUCCACUGGCGGCAGGUUCAACUUUGACGAUGGGGGGUCAUACUGCGGAGGGUGGGAGGAGGGCAAGGCGCACGGCCACGGGAUCUGCACGGGACCCAAGGGCCAGGGCGAGUACUGCGGUUCCUGGGCCCAUGGCUUUGAACUGCUGGGCGUCUACACUUGGCCCAGCGGUAACACCUACCAGGGCACCUGGGCUCAGGGCAAGAGACAUGGCGUGGGCAUCGAGAAUAAAGGCCGCUGGGUGUACAAGGGCGAGUGGACGCACGGCUUUAAGGGACGCUACGGCUUGCGGGAGAGCACGGGGACCAGCGGGAAGUACGAGGGGACUUGGAACAAUGGACUGCAGGACGGAUAUGGAACAGAGACGUACUCAGAUGGAGGAACAUUUCAAGGCCAAUGGGUCGGAGGAAUGCGGCACGGCUACGGAGUCCGGCAGAGUGUCCCAUAUGGCAUGGCGGCAGUCAUCCGCUCUCCGCUCCGUACCUCCAUAAACUCUCUACGCUCCGGUUCGGAGCACAGCAACGGUACAGCUCUGCUGGACCGGACCGGCGCAGUGGUUCCUGGUACUCAUCCUGGUCCUGGCACUUUGACCACCAGUGUCUCCAUGUGCAGCACAGGCAGCAGCGGCAGCAGCCCCGCUGUGUCUCGGGGAGGUUUUGUGCUGACGGCGCACAGCGAGGCUGAGCUGCUUAAGGGAAAGAGAAAAAGCGGACUGUUCCGGAGGUCCAUCUUGUCCGGGCUCAAGCUGAGGAAGUCUGAGUCCAGGAGUUCUUUGGCCUCCCAGAGGUCUAAACAGAGCUCGUUCAGGAGCGAGGCUGGGAUGAGUACUGUUUCCUCUGCUGCGUCUGAUAUCAACUCUACUAUCAGUCUUGGAGAUGCAGAUGCAGAAUUGGCUGUCGCAGAUGAUGACGUGGACGCCACGGCAACAGAGACCUACUGCGGGGAGUGGAAGAACGACAAGCGUACCGGAUUUGGUGUGAGCCGGCGGUCCGACGGGCUGCAGUACGAGGGGGAGUGGCUUAGCAACAAGCGUCACGGCUACGGCUGCACCACGUUUCCUGAUGGCACGAAAGAGGAAGGGAAGUACAAACAGAACAUUCUAGUGAGCGGCAAAAGGAAGAACCUGAUCCCACUCCGGGCCAGUAAGAUCCGAGAGAAGGUGGACCGAGCCGUGGAGGGAGCACAGAAAGCGACCGAUAUCGCCCGGCAGAAGGCUGAGAUCGCCAUGUCCAGGACGGCUCAUGCGCAGGGUAAAGCGGAGGCCGCAGUCGGAGCCGCCCAGAAAGCCCAGGAGGAGAGUCGCAUGGCGAGGGUCACCGCCAAGCAGUUCUCCCCUUCCUUCCAGCACCCAGGAAACGGCAUGGAGGUGCAGCGUCCCAAACGCCAGGUGUCCAGCGAGAUGGAGGGCGAGGGGUUGUCGAGUAGCGCCGGCACCGCAGACAGCCCCGAUCUCUACGUAAAGAGCGCAGCUUCCGACGACCCCUCUAAUGAUGCUGCUACCCCUGACCUCAGCCCCCCUUCUUCCUCCCCCCCACACACCCCACCUCCUCCUGCCAGGCCAUCCCAGCGGAGCAAAAGUGCCCGCUUCCACCGGCAGAGCGCCGUGGACGACGGGGACAAGGGGAAGGAUGGAGGAGAAAGGGCUGAGAAGGGUGGUGGAGGAGGAGGGCAGACGGAGAUUCAGGUGUUGAUGGAGGGUGGAAGUGGGGGAGGCGAAGGCGUAGGAGGGGGAGGGAAGGGGGAGUACCUAAGGGCCAACAGCUGGGGUGAGGACAAGAGGAGAGGGAUUUUGUCAAAAGCAGGAGGAGGGCUCAGUGGACGAGGAGCAAGCCGGACCAAUGGACACAAACACAGCUCCUCCAAUCACAAGUCCCGGGAGCAUGGAUCAUCCAAUCACAGACAGGCCAGGGGGGACAGGUGGACGGAGUCGUCCUCCUCUGCCUCUUGGACGUCGGGGCACCGGGGCGUGCGCGGUAGGGGGGGGCGGCUGCUGGAGCAGGAUGAGGAGAAAAUUAGCAAUUAUGAGAUGGAGAUGAAGCCUUUACAGCCCAGAGACUCCACUACCCACAAGCCCCAUGGGCACGGGGAGGAGAGGCAGGGGCAUACUCACGGAGAGGGGCGCUCGCACACCGUGCAGAGACAGCGGCAUAAGAACCGGGAAGGGAGGGAAGGAAAAGAGGGUAAGGAAGGGGGCAAAGACUCACAGCACAAGCUGGACAGACCGGGGGAAAAGAUGGAUUCACGGCCUCUACGUCGGGACCUCACCCUCUCCCCCCCUCUGAAGUCCUCACCCAUCACAAGAGAGCAGCAGGACCUCAGCCUCAUGCAGAGCAAAGGCAACUCGGCUUACAGCUCCAUCCUGGUUGUCAUGGUGAUUCUCCUCAACAUCGGAGUGGCUAUUUUGUUUAUCCACUUUUUUAUUUAAGACAACACCGCUUUCGGAGUCAGCCUAUCUAUGCUACGAACAACUAUAAGUUCUUAUGAGUAUUCCGACCAAUCUGCCGCCCCUUCGUGUUUCCAGUGAGACGACUGCAAGCGGCCGAGGGAAGACUUGCUCCAAUCGUCUUUUAAAAAAAUGCUCAAGUGCAAAGCCCAAAGAAGCGAAGGAAAAAUGGGUAAACCAGGCCAGGUAACGGGACUACAGGGAGAUAAAAGUAGUCCAGAAACUGGACUUAAGUGGGCUUUAAUGGUUCAAAUUCAGACUCAAAUGGGCUGAAGUGUUCCAAUCCGAGGCCAUGACAGCUGCAGCUGGCAUUACAGCGAGAUGUCUGCUUCCAAUGUCUGCAGACAGGACUGACCAGACAGACUUUUUCAUCUUCAAAUCAUAGUUUUCAACAGAUUUGUAACUUUAUUUAUUAACAGUUUCUCUCAUGUACAAUAUGUUGAUCGAUAUAUUCUUUAUUUUGUAACCCUCCGCCCCCUCUUUAUAUAACUCCUGCCUUUUGGUUUCUCCGCCUGCCCAGGGCUGUUACCGAUGGUUCAAUCCAGGUGUGUGUGUGGGUGUAUGUAAGACUCUCGAGUGUGUGUGCGGCCGGGAUACAUGGUCAAUGUCUUUCCAUUUCCAUACUCACACAUCCAUUGCUUCUACAAUAUCCCUGUCAUUCAUCAAUUCUUUUGUCCUUCUCCUGUCCUUUUUUACAGUACGGAAGCCCUGAGGGGCAAAUGAUAAAAAAUGUAAUUCUGCGAAUCACUUUCCCAUGUCUUCUUAAUGGUUUUCUCUCUUGUGUUUAUAGAACAGUUGAAUAAAAAAGGUUUUGAUAUUAUAUUCUUUCUUAUUUUGCUCUGUUAAACAUCAAAAGUUUUUCAAGAGCAUUUUUCUACGUGUUUGUUGUUUUUAUACUCAUUUUGGUCAGACGAGACAUAAGUGUACUGCUACCCCAUGCAAUGAAUAGAACAUACAUCUUUUUUUCAUGUAGUUUUAAUAAGUUAUCCCGUCAAAACAUUUCCCCCUAGUUGUUUCACAGUUGAAAAUGAUCUUAAGCAAUACACAAAUGAGAGAAAUGAACUAAACUAAGAAAAUGAACAAGAUUUAUCUGUUCACUAGCAUCUUGGGGCUUCCAUACCAUCUCAUACUGGGUUAAAAUUACUUUUAGUGUGAGUGUCUUCGCAACACUAUCAAGCAGGCAUGUCCUUUUCCGUGUCUGUGUGUGUGUGUGUGUGUGUGUGUGUGUGUGUGUGUGUGUGUGUGUGUGUGUGUGUGUGUGUGUGUGUGUGUGUGUGUGUGUGUGUGUGUGUGUGUGUGUGUGUGUGUGUGUGUGUGUGUGUGUGUGUGUGUGUGUGUGUGUGUGUGUGGGGUCUCGAAGUAGCUCAGUGGCCUUUCAUGCUGUUCAUGAACUUUACAAGAGCAUCUCAUGAAGACACGGCAACAGUUCGUCCACAUCUAGCCUACUAGCAUCAGCCGACAGCUGUGCUCCCUCCGUCUCUCCCUCCCACACUCUCCCACCUCCACACACCAGUCAGAGAAUGGAGCUUCCUCUGAGUUGGUGUUAGUUCAAGACAGAGCGUCCUUGGCGAAGCCCUGCACCUCCUGCACAGCAAGCAGAGGUAUUUAAAAUACAGCCUUUAUAUGUAACACCAGAAAAAAGUUUCAAAGGCAAGACAUAUAAGAGUCUCCCACUGCUUCUCUCAAAGCAUAACCUGAACAAAACCUAUUUUAUACUAUACUUGCAAGAUGUCUGAAAAACUACCAGUCGCCACCUGCCUUGCUUUUGUAGCGCAAAUGAUUAAAGUAAGACAAUGCAUGCAUAUGUGCUGUAAUAUCUUAGUUAUGCGUUGGAUCUGAAAGCAACAAAGCUUCAGAAGCACAUGCACCAUGUUAGGUUUUGAUAGGAGCAGUGUCUGGAGAGAAGCUAGGGUUAAAAAGUGAAGUCAACUUUUCUUUUUUGGAUUGUUAUAUAUUUUUUAUGGGUUAAACUAAACGUCUUUGUGGGGCUAAGUGAUACUGCAAGCUCCCCAAGGGAACUAGCAAGUAUUUUGUAGAAGCAAAUAGUGGCCAGGAUCAAAAUCUAAAUAUAUCGCCCCUUUUACUCAGCCUUUCUUCCAAAGAUCCAAGACGUAAUAGACAGGCAUACAUCCGUCACAAUAGAGUGGUGCAGUGUUGACAUAUUCUUGUAUGAUGACCUUUAAGUUAGGAUCGCAACGGCUCCUUACGCUAAAAGCAAUGGGAUGUUUACGUUAGAUUUAAAAAAGUACUAGAGUUUAGUACUAGUCUUAUUAAACCCCUGGUUAGCAACCACCGUUUUAUGAGACAUAAAAGUGUUGGAUUUUAACCAGUGGGGUAUUAGCUGACGUAUUUUAUGUCGAACAAAACGUGAAAAUCUCUUAAGCUUGUUUUAUCCACAAUCCUUAUUUCAGGCAUCUAACCAUAACAUGUUCAAAAAAACAUUGACUAUGAGACGAGGGAAGCUAUAGUAGUAAAAUGCGGCUUUUGAGAAUGAGUACUUCACCACUCUAUUUGUGAAUUUGUAUAGGCCAGUAGGCUAAAGGUUUUUUUCUGUGUAUGUGUGUGUGUAUCAAAACCAUCUAGCAGACCUUACCAGCCUGUUUGUUUGCAUGUGUGCACAUGAAUGUUCAUCGAAGUGUGUGAACAUGUGUUAUCAUCCUGUUCUUUAAAUGUGAUGGGAUGACUGAGCCCGUUGCCAUCGGUAACAACUUCCAGGGAGCAGGGUGGUUCGCACUUAUUUUUGUGUCCGACGGCAUUUCUUAAACUGGAAGUCAAACUCGGCUUAAGGCUCAUUUCUGUUUUUCCCUACAUUAUUACAAGAAUACAGUCUAAUAAGCCUGCACCCGAGAGGCAGAACAAUGUAUUUUCAUUUCAUUUUGGGUCCAGAUUGAAACAGGUUCAAGAAGCUCUGCUGUAUGCCAUCAGCCAGGUGACAAUGCCCUGUGUCACCCUGUUAGUCCGCAGCAUGCUACAGCAUGCCAAGCUCUCUCUAUAGUUUGACUCUUCUUUCUUUCUUUCUUUCUUUCUUUCUUUCUUUCUUUCUUUCUGUUCCUGAGAAUUACUCUGUUUUGUUUUUGAGUUAU